AUGAACGGAGUCACUGCAAACGGCAGCAGCCACACUAAUGGGCUUGCCAACGGACACGCCAACGGGCACGCAAAUGGACACGCCAACGGACACGCAAAUGGCCACACGAACGGCCACGCAAACGGCCUUGUCAACGGCGCUUCGUACGCCGACGACUCGGAUGACGAGCUGCCAGCUUUCGACGCAACGGAACAUCCGCACCGCAGGUACAACCCCUUGACGCGCAGCUGGGUGCUCUGCUCGCCCCACCGCACCAAGCGUCCGUGGCAGGGCCAGGAGGAGAAACCGCAGGGCACAUCGCUCCCCGCCUACGACGAAAAGUGCUACCUCUGCCCGGGCAACAAGCGCGCCACGGGCGCCACCAACGACGACUACACAUCCACCUUCUUCUUCGAGAACGACUAUGCCGCUCUCAUGCCGCAGGCGGUAGCCGAGGAGAAGAACCAGCACCCGCUGCUCCAGUCGCAGCCGGCGCGCGGUCGAUGCUACGUCAUCUGCUUCAACCCGCAGCACAACCUCACGCUCGCACAGCUCAGCACAGCGCCUUUCUCGCCAGACGAGCACAUCGUGCCCAUCAUCCAGAGCUGGCAGAAGAUCUACAAGCAGAUCCCCGCCGAAAAUCCUUUCGUCAAGUACAUCCAGAUCUUUGAGAACAAAGGCUCCGCCAUGGGCUGCUCAAAUCCGCACCCGCACGGUCAGGUGUGGUCGCUCGACUACAUCCCCGAAGAGCCGAGCAAGGAGCUGGCAUCGCUGCGCGCCUGGUCGCAGGAUCCGGCCAACCAGGACCCCAAGGUGAACCUCGGCGCGUGCGACGACCACGGCAAGCCCUCGAUGCUGCUCACGCUCGCCAAGCUCGAGCUCACCACGCCCGGCCAGCCGCGCGUGAUCAUGGCCAACGACCACUUUGUGGCCAUCGUGCCGUACUGGGCCGUGUGGCCGUUCGAGGUGCUCGUGGUGCCGGCACAGAGGCAGAUCCGCAAUGUGCUCCAAAUGACCGAGAUGGAGGUGGUGUCGCUGGCGCGCAUCAUCGCGCAGGUGACGUGCAAGCUCGACAAUGUCUUCAAGUGCUCCUUCCCCUACUCGAUGGGCGUGCACCAGCAGCCAACACAGCUGGCCACCAGCGAGGACGACGAAUUUGCCCAGUUCCACAUCCACUUCUACCCGCCGCUGCUGCGCUCCGCCUCGGUGCGCAAGUUCCUCGUGGGCUUCGAAAUGAUGGCCGAGCCCCAGCGCGAUCUCACCGCCGAACAGGCCGCCAAGCGCAUCCGCGACUGCGACGACGUACACUACCUCGCCACCCUCGAACAGUCCUAA